GGAAGAGGAAGGGGAAGGAGGGGCGGAGAGGUUGGUCGAACCCGGAAGUGGGUAGACACUGGGAGGGCAGCGCGCCUGUAGAGGAGCUCAGCGGCCGGGAGGCAGCGGAGGAGCUCCUAGGAGGCGACCAUGAAACCCUCCCUCACACUUCUCCAGAAGAUGUUAACCAAGAUUGAAGCUAGUUAUCCUUUUUAAGUCUCUUGAGACACUUAUGAAGCUUCUUGUCCUGAAAUUGCAUUAUUGCGAUGAAGAAAAGGAGAAAGGUUACUGCAAAUUUUGACGAGAAGAUCCAUCUGGGCCAUCAUAAAGAUUCAUCUGAUGGAAACAGUGCAGUGGAUAGUGACCAAGUGACGUUCAGUCAUUCUACGGAAGGAUCUACUCCUGAAGAUCUUCAGUGUUAUCAGCAACUUCCUCCCUCACCAGAUCAAAGAAAGCUUCUGAGUUCUUUGCAGUAUAAUAAGAAUUUAUUGAAAUAUUUAAAUGAUGAUCGACAGAAACAACCGUCUUUCUGUGAUUUACUCAUAAUUGUAGAAGGGAAAGAAUUUAGUGCACACAAAGUUGUUGUUGCUGUUGGCAGUAGUUAUUUUCAUGCGUGUUUGAGCAAAAAUCCAAGCACAGAUGUUGUCACUCUGGAUCAUGUAACUCAUUCUGUUUUUCAGCAUUUGCUUGAAUUUCUCUACACAUCAGAAUUUUUUGUCUAUAAGAAUGAGAUACCUCUAGUUUUAGAGGCUGCAAAAUUUCUAGACAUUAUAGAUGCAGUUAAGUUGCUAAAUAAUGAAAAUAUUUCUAAUUUUCCUUCUGAAAUAACUGAAAAGGCAUCACCAGCAGAAACUCUAAGUGAAUUGGCUGGCAGGUUGUCAACUAGUCAUCAGUGCAAAUUCUGCAGUAGAAAUUUUUGUUAUAAGAAGUCUUUAGAGAAUCAUUUGACCAAAACUCACAGAUCCCUAGUAAUAGGGAAAAAACAUGGGUUAAAAAUGCUGGAAAGAGGUUUUUCAGCAAGAAGAUCAACUAGGAAUAGAAAGUGCCCUGUAAAAUUUGAUGAGGACAGUGAUAACGAAAAUGAAAGUGGUGAAAUAUCAGACAAUUUUGAUAAAGACAAUUUGGAUAAGGUCACUUUUGAUACAGAAAAGUCUGAUAAAAAUGAUUCUGAGGAUGCUGGAAGUGAGUACAAUGCAGAUGCAGAAGCACAGGAGGAGGAAAUGUCAGAUGAAUACUCUGAAGGGGAAGAACAAAGUGACAAAGAACAUAACAAUGCAGAAGAAGAGCCUGAAACUGCUGAUUCCAUAGGAAAUAUUCAUGAAGGGUUAACUCCAGUGGUCAUUCAGAACAGUAACAAAAAAAUAUUGCAGUGUCCUAAGUGUGAUAAAACAUUUGACCGAAUAGGAAAGUAUGAAAGUCACACCCGUGUUCACACAGGUGAGAAGCCUUUUGAAUGUGAUAUUUGUCAUCAACGGUAUUCAACAAAAUCUAACCUAACUGUUCACCGAAAGAAGCACAGCAAUGAAACAGAAUUCCAUAAAAAGGAACAUAAAUGUCCUUAUUGCAAUAAACUUCAUGCAAGUAAGAAGACUCUAGCUAAACAUGUUAAAAGAUUUCAUCCAGAGAAUGCACAAGAAUUUAUUUCCAUCAAGAAGACUAAAAGUGAAAGUUGGAAAUGUGAUAUUUGUAAGAAGUCAUUUACUCGAAGACCACACUUGGAGGAACAUAUGAUUCUUCAUUCUCAAGACAAACCUUUUAAGUGCACCUAUUGUGAAGAACAUUUCAAGUCACGAUUUGCACGAUUAAAACACCAAGAAAAGUUUCACCUGGGUCCAUUUCCAUGUGAUAUCUGUGGUCGCCAAUUCAAUGACACUGGAAAUUUGAAACGACACAUAGAAUGUACUCAUGGUGGAAAGAGAAAAUGGACUUGUUUUAUAUGUGGAAAAUCAGUAAGAGAAAGAACUACUUUAAAAGAACAUCUGAGGAUUCAUAGUGGAGAAAAACCCCAUUUGUGUAGUAUUUGUGGGCAGAGUUUUCGCCAUGGGAGUUCAUACAGACUUCACUUGCGAGUCCAUCAUGAUGAUAAGAGAUAUGAAUGUGAUGAAUGUGGAAAAACGUUUAUUCGUCAUGACCAUCUUACAAAACACAAAAAAAUACAUUCAGGUGAAAAAGCUCACCAGUGUGAAGAAUGUGGAAAAUGCUUUGGCCGCAGGGAUCACCUCACUGUUCAUUAUAAAAGUGUUCACCUUGGUGAGAAAGUGUGGCAAAAAUAUAAAGCAACAUUUCACCAGUGUGAUGUUUGUAAGAAAAUUUUUAAAGGCAAAUCAAGUCUGGAAAUGCAUUUUAGGACACAUUCAGGUGAAAAGCCUUACAAAUGUCAGAUUUGCAAUCAGUCUUUUAGAAUUAAGAAAACUUUAACAAAACACAUGGUUAUUCAUUCUGAUGCUCGACCCUUCAACUGUCAGCAUUGUAAUGCCACAUUUAAGCGAAAGGACAAGCUGAAGUACCAUAUUGACCAUGUACAUGGAAUAAAAUCUCCAGAUGAACCACUAACUACUUCUGAGGAGAAACUUGUAUCCUUACCAAUAGAGUAUGCUCCUGAUGGGAAAGGUUACCAAACAGAAACUAAACAAUAUAUGGACCGGCCGAAAUAUCAAUCAGAAUCCAAAACAAUAUUACCAAAUGUUCCUAAUGAAGUCUGUGUUCCAGUAACAUUGGUUCCAGUCCAGAUGCCAGAAACUCAGAAUGAUAUGGUGCACCAUACCACUGCACUUCCACCUCCCUCUCAGGGCAUCCUUUCUACACAGACACAACCGACCGAUUAUCCACGAGCAACAGAUUUGGCAUUUCUGGAAAAAUAUACUCUCACUCCUCAGCCUACAAAUAUAGUUCAUCCAGUUCGACCAGAACAAAUGCUUGAUCCUAGAGAUCAGUCUUAUCUUGGAACAUUACUAGGUCUUGAUAACACUACAACUGUACAAAAUAUUGCUAAUAAUGAGAGGCACUCAUGAUGAGACCUAAACAUUCCACAAUAUUUUAAUGGCUAAAUGCUGAUUGCAAGCAGUAGCUGAUAGCUAUUAAAUUAAUAGGGCUACUAUGGUUUGCAUUUGCUCUGACCUCCAAGAUUCUGUGUAUAGUUUAAGAUCAAAGAAAACAUUAUGUGGACAUAUUUUGAUGCAUAAUAUUUAAAGUGUAUAUCUUAUAAUUUUAAAAUAUUUUAGAUUUAAUUUUUAAUAGUUUCUUAGCUAUAGUUUUUUAGAGAUUACAUAUAGGAAUUUUUAGAUAUAUUUUUGUCCUCUUGGUUCUUUUUCAUCUCAUUCUUCCUUACUUUUCUCUUCAUUUUUCUUCUUCAGCCCCAAGUUAAAAAAAUUUUUUUUCCAUUUUAACAAGCCUUUAAAGGAACUAUAAAUGAAUGUACUGAUAGCUAUCAGCUUUUUUUUUUUGUCCCAGCCUGAAAUUCAUAUGACCUUGUUCCAAAUGCAUGUUUUUCUUAUUAGAAUCAUGCAUCUAAGUUUAUUUUUAAAAAUACUUAAAAACGUGUUUUAGUUUUCAUAUUCAGCAAGUAUUUCUCAUUGAACUUUUUGACAGUCUGAAAGUAAAAAAAGAGUAGACUAAUACUAUAGGGUCAGGCAGUAAAUAAUGUGUGGAGAUAUAAACAUGAUACCUCAGUUAUCCAAGAUUAAAAAAAAUAUAAAAGAAGGGUAACAUUCUAUAUCUAGAGUUUUUCUUUGAGGCUUAAAUUUAUUAUUUAGAUUUUUACCAUUGAAUGCCUUAUUUGUUAAAAUUAGCUUCUGGCUUGUGUCUUCAUUUCCCCAAGGGUUGGAUAAUGAAAUUUCUUUAAUUAGGAGUAGUCAAGAUACCUUUGGAGAAACACUGUGGUAUAAUAGAAAGAACAUUGGAUGGGCAGUUAAGAGUCUGAAUUAAAUUUUGACUUUGCUUACUACUACAUGUCCGACCUCAGUUAAGUUAUUAGCCCUCAGUUUCCUGAUCUGAAAAUUGGGGUGAGUGUGUUGGGGUGGGGGGUGAGGGAUCAGAGUAAGUAUUAGGAUUAGCUAGAUGAUCUCUAAGGUCUCUUCCAUAUUGAAUAUUACGAUCCUGUGAUUCUACUUAUCUUGGAUAAUUGAGGCUAAAGUAGUGAACCUAGAUUUUUCAUAUGUAACCAAAAAGAAAAAAAAACUUAAUGACAAAUUCUAAAAUUUGUGGUCUAGUCUACUGAAUGUUACUUUCCCCUUAUUAAAGGCAAACAGAAAUAUCACUUGUACAUCAUAAUUUAUAUAUUUUUAAAAAUCAUCAGAUUUCAAUUUUGAUUCCUUUAUGCUUAGUAUCCAUUACUGUCUUUUUUGUCAUUGGGAAAUAAGGAGGGAAGAAUAUCAGUUACAGUAGAAAUUUUGCUUAAAAUGGUUUAUUAUUUCAAAAUAAUUGAUGGGGACCCCCUAGGGCCAAGUAAGUUGGUAAGCUUGAAUUAUAGAGUGUUUUAAAAAUAAUACAGUGCUAUUACUUUCAAAUAGAUAUAGAAACGAGUUAAAAAAUGUUGCCUAGUAAAUCUCCUUGGAUAAAAUUCUUUAAGGAAUAAGUAAAAUGUAUCUAAAUGUGGUAGGCAUGAGUAGGUUGCAUCAGUUAUCAAUGAAGAAUUUUGCAAAAAAUGGCAUAAUGGAAACAGAUGAACAGAAAAAGGAUGAUGAAUUAAUCAUAUAGUGACAAAUGAUAUGGGCCAUGCGCUGGAGAUGUUAUAAUUGAUAGAGCAUUUUUAUGUAAAUGUAAGUAAAAUAUUGGAGGCUAUUUUUAAAAAUUGCAAUAGUUUAAAGUUUUUUCUCACCAUUAUUGUAGUAAUGACUUAGUAGCAAACUACCAGAUUUAUCAUAGUAGAAGGUCCAAGAAUAUUCUUUAAUUAAAGUACUAGAAAAACUUGAGGUAUUUUACCAGAGUGCACCUAAAUAGAUGUGCCUACUUAAGAAGAUUCAGAAAAAAAACGAGAGAAUUAAAGCAGAAAACUAAAAUGCCAUUUAUAUGCUCCUCUCUUGCCUCUAGCCCCAAUUUUUCCUUCAGCAGGUUUGGUGAUAAUUACAUUCAACUAUUUUAAUUUAUCUUAUUUUUAAAAGCCUUUCUUCUGACUAUGGGAACAAAUUUGUAUUUGAGAAUUGGAUACAGGUACUUUCAGUUUGAAAUUAAAUUAUAAAAUUCAUUCUUAAUUAUAAAAUAAGGGAUUUGGGGAGAUAGUCUAAAAGGGUCUCUUCAAGCUUCAACAAUAUGUGAUUUUGUGAUUUAAAUAGAUUUCUUAAUAUUAAAUUGACUCAUUAUAACAAAGAUAUAUUUGUUGAUUUUAACUAAAAUAUUAUUGCAGAAACAAAUCACAUCUUUAGAUUUGUCCUUAACUUAUAGGCAUUUGAAGUUUUAAAAAGAAGGUGAUUUUUUUUUAAGAUUUUACAUUAUUAAGGACUUUUUUGCUUCCUUAAAAUUUUUGCAACUAGGUUUCUUUUAAUAACUUCCCCAAAUGCUUUAAAAAUAUUAUAUUUUACAAUAAUUUUAUUUACAUGAAACUUGUGCAAAUUGAAGCACAUAGAUCUCUUUACAAUUUUGUGAAAAUACCUUUUGUUUGUACAGUGCUUUACAAUUAAUAGGAUCAAAUUAUCUCAUUUAAUAAUCUCAAUACAUUAUCUUAAUUACUUCUCACAAAAGCCCUAUAAUAUAUUCAGGGCAGUUAUGUACAAUCCUUCCUUUUAUUUUACUUAGGGUAAAUAAAUUGGCAAAGAAAGGCAAACUCAUUGUCCCAAAGCCUCUGUCAAAUGACUGAAUGAGAACUAAUGUAUUCUGAUGCCUUUUCUGGUUGGUUCUCUUUCCACUGUACCAUGCAAAGAUGUUCAUUAUGUUAUUUGCUGCUUCAUGUUCCCUAGAGUUCGAAGGAAUCCAAAAAUUACUGAAAGUCUUACAGAUUUGGGGAAACUGAACAGACUCACAUUUAAAAUCUUGUAGCCCAGAAGAAAUUAAAUGAUGUUGGCAUUUGAUGGCUGUUCUACUGUUUCAGAUAUCUAGAGGCUUUUUUGAGAGAUGCUACAUUAAAUAUAAUAUUACUAUAACCAUGGCAACAUUUUUGAUUCCUGCAUCUGUUUAACUUCAGAAAUUUGUAUUACAGAAACACAGCCUACCUUUUAAGUUCAUUCAUUCAUUCAUCCAUCUAAGAAAAAUUAGCACUUAAUUAGCAUUGUAAGUUGACUUUUAUCAUGUGGAAAAAUUUGUCAAUAUAGUUGAUUCUGACUUUAAAACACCAAAGAUCCUAGUAGAUAUUAAAUAGGAUGGAGAGAACUUAAAUUCUACAUUAUUUGAAUAAGGACUUGUCCAAAGAAGCACAGUUGAAGUCCUAGUUUACUGUUGUGUUUUUUUUUUUUUUAAAUGUUUGGUACCAGUAGUGAGGAUUAGCAUGAAAUAUAUUUGUGUGUCUGAGUGUGUAUGUGUUUUUUCUGUGAAAAUAAGAGCAGAAGAUACUUGGGGGAAUUAUACACAUACAUAUGCUAAUAUACUCUACAAAAUAUAUCAGGUAAAAAUGAUAAGAGUUUAAUUCAAGUAAUUUAAAUAUCUCUUAAAUGGACACUAUCAAAUGCUAGUUUGCAAGUUUAUUUUUUGUAUUCCAGAUGAAAAAAAAAAUACUUUUUACUAUUUAAAAUCUCAAUUGAAGUUAUUUUCUGCUUUUUGAAUAGAAUAAAAUUAGGGCUUACAUUUUUGAGGGGUUUUUUUUGACCAAUUUAGAAAGGAUAGUAACCAAUAAAAUUAAAGUUGUAAAUUUGGAAGUUACUCAGAAGUUUAGUUCUGGGUUAAAUUGAAAUAGCAAAAAAAAAAAAAAAAAAAAAAAAAAAGAUUUUAGAAUAAGCCUAAGUGGUUUUUAAAAUUGGUGUUUUCUUCAUUGUUUUCUGUCUUAGUAGUAGAUAAAGAACUACCUCUGAGCUAGGAAGAUUGGGCCAAAAUCCUGCCACUGACACAUAAUUGAAUUGGACAAAUCACUUAACCCCUUAUAUCUAACCCCUUGUAUCCCAGGCAAUUUUUCAGGACUAUAAUUUGCAGAACACUUGUCGAUCUAUGUUGAGUAGAGGGAAUUUUCUUACUGGGAGAUCCUCAUAACCCCCAUAGGAUAUUUCACCUGAAACAACAAGUCUAACCCAAAACAAAGAUGGAUAGAUCACAAACUUAGUAUAUUAUAUUCCUUGUCAAUCUGGCAAAUUUGGACAAAUAUUGCUGUAAUGUGGCUGUUUAAUAACAUUAUAAUAAGCUGGUUAUUUAUAAAUUGUUAGUAAAGGACUAAGGAAUAAAUAAAUAGCUUUGGUUUUCACAGGAUGAUUACUAAAAACUACAAAAUUAUACUGCUUAGUAUUUAUUAGUUAUAAACCUGUGCAUUUCUGCUACCAAAUUAUUGUACUUCACUUUCAAUAGAAGUCAGAUUUCAUAUAUAAGCUCUUUGAUAGUGUCCUUUUAAAAAUGAUUUUUUUCUUGAUUAAUUGCUAUGUGCCUUUUUGUGUAUUAUAGUUGCUGAAUGUUCCUUUUUUUUUUUUUUUUUGGUAGAUUGUAUUGGUAAAUAUGAACUAUUAUCAGUUGUCUAUCAGUAUUGUCAUGUUUUAGUGAAUUUUAUGUUUUAUCAUGUCUGCAGGUCAGACAAGAAUUUUUGCAAUUUAUCUGAGGUUUCUGUAAGUAGAUGGGCACCAAGUGCUACCACUAAAAUUCAUUUUUAUGAUUUCAACAUCAUGAUUUCUAUCUGAAUUAUAACCUUAUAGGUACCAUGAAUCUACCUAAGAGGCAUCUUUCAAAGGUAGUGUUCUAAAUUUUUUUAAAAUCUUUUUUAAAGUUCAUCAGAUGGUCUGUUUAUCAUAAUUUAAUAGUUUUAAACUUAGCAACUACCCUACAGACCAUCUUGAUCGAUCUGAAAUGGGAAAGGGAAUUAGGUUUUGAAAUUGUGGUUUUUUUUUUAGGUGUAGCAAUAUCCAUCAGUCAGACAACUUGAGUUGAUAAGCUCAGGAAAAAAAUAGAAAUCUUUGUAAAUGCUAGUGACUGAAUUAUUUUGUGAUCAGUGCCAAAUUUAAAAUCUUCCUAAACAAUCUCUGUGUUUAUUCAGGAAAAGUAGAAUUUUUCAAAAAUAUAAACAUGUUUAAAUAAACUCCUUGUUACUUAAGUUGAAACAUGGAUAGUUUGUGGGAAUUGUGCAUGUAUAUUAAAGUACAGAAAUUCUUAUAUUCUCAUCUUUUUAGUACGUUAUUCAUUUGUGUCUUGACAUACAUAUUUUUCUUAGCUUUUUCUUUUACUGUAAAAUAAUAAGUACAGUCUCUGCUUUUCCUCACUCAGAAAUUUAAAAGCACUAGAAAAAAAGAGGAUUAUAGGAGUUGGGUAGUUCAGAUUUGGUAGAGAUAAAUAAUGAAUAGUGAUUUUUAAAGACUUCAGCUAAUACAAAUCCAAAAAUAAUUUAGAACCACACCCAAUAGACACAGUAGUGGAUAUUGAUCUCUUCAUUUACUUAUGGAAAAAUAAAUUAUGGUUGCAUUCAGAGUCAAGAUGAAUCAUAAGCAAUUGUCAUAGUUAAAAAAUUUGUUGAUUUUUUUUUUUCUCCCUUAAAAAUUACCCAUUUUCAAGUGCAUAAAUCUUUUUUGGGAAGUAUGAUUAGAUUAAAAUGGAAUUUUGAGUAAUUUAAUUUAAAUAGUUUCUAGAACAUGUUUUUGAUGCAAGAAAUAUAUAUAUAUCUGAUUGUUUUUCUUCCUUGCCUUAUGUACCUGAUUGGUUAAAAUGACAGAAAGAAAUGCUCUGAUGUAAUCAUGAAUCUAUUUUUAUUCUCCAGUAAUAGAAUGUUGCUGGGUUUUUUUUUUUUAUGAUAUAAUAAAAUAUGUUUAAGAACUGCCAAAAAGAAAGUGUAGAGAUAGACCUGAAUUUAAUGGCCCCGUCUCCAUGUUUUACGGUGAAUGUUGUAGCAAAAGGGAUUUAUGAUUUCUGUAAGUUGAAAAUACUUGAUAAUUUCUGACUUAACUUGCAGGCCUCCAUUAUAAACUUUGUUUGAAAUUCAUUUAAAACUUUUUUUAAAAAAUAAAAAAGGCAGAGUCAAAUUAUAAGGCAUAUCUAAAGCUACUGUUUUGUCAACUAUGUAAACAUCUUGUGAAUUUUGUAGAUAUUUAGAUUGUCUUAUGUGUAUGUGUCUUUAGCAAAAACUAUUUGCCUUUCUCUGAAGAAUAGGAAGUGUACUGUAUAUUUAAAUCAAUCCUUUGUUUUACUUCGGAAUUUAAAAUAAAUUUGGGAUUUUUUUUUAAU